GGCGAUGCGCCGUGAGAGUGCCGCAGUGAAGAGAGCAAGACGCCGCGCAUGCACCCGCCUGUCGCCUCGUGCGCUGGCCCGGCUUGGCCGCACGCCAGAGCGGCAUGAGAAGCGGCCUCGCACCUCCAAGCCGCGAGAGGUCCGCAGCGCGCAGCAACUGUCCACGUCGCGAGCUCGUCGGCGUCGCCGCCGGCCGAACUUUCCCAUGCGAGCGCCUCGCCGCCGCAGUCGCGCCGCGCCGGGCAACGCCGGUCGGAGUGCGGGGCACCGCACCUGACAUGCACCGUCCGUUUCCAGCUUUCUCUCGAGCGCAUGCCGCGCCACGAGUUGCUGCGUGGCGCCAAGAGCCUCGACGUCACGGCCGGCGAGCUGGGCGCUCAGCCGGCGGCUGUGGCUCGCCGUCGAGAUCCGCCGGGCUCCGCCAUGCGCGCUUGCCGCCCUCGCGUGACCACGCGGGUUGUGUUGAUGCCUCCUGAGCUCCCCGCCGACGGCGUCCAGCUUGCGGCGACUCGACUCAGCGCGGCGGCGGCUCGUCCAUCCGCCGCCACAGCCCCACAUGCCGUGCGACAGAUUGCGGCGCGGCGAGCUGCUGCGGCACGCACAACGGUCCGACGCGUGGGGCCUUGGCUCAGGGGGUGUCUGCGGGGCUGCUCAACGGCGGCUGGCUCCAAGCGCGACCCAGGAGACUGUCUCCGGCCCACGUCACCCUGCGCUUUUGCUAUCAAGCCGAGCGAGCCGGAAGUGCGGUGUCCUGAGCGCGGCGCUAGCCUGCAAGGCGGCCCCGCCUGCCGCAGCGGCGUCCACGCUGCAGCUGCGACACUCGGCAUGCUGCUGCACGUCGACCAGCCACCGUUGAGGUCGACCUUGAGCCGGAGAUGUCGAGUAGGAUCACGUGGCGGCUCACACAGCCUGUCAGCCCCUGGACCAACGCGUGGUGUGCGAACGCGUGCCCUGACCCUCGUCGUCGACUGCAUCUCGCGGCACCAGGCCAAUACAGCUUGCUUUUCGACGGUCUCGGUCAUCUCUCACUUUGCGCUGUACGUCACAUGCCGGAGCUUGUGGCCUCGCUGGGCCGGCCCCAGCGCCAGUUGAGCGGCCGCAUGGCUCCUGCGCGCGUUCCAUGCUCCCUGCGGCUCCUGCUCCCACGCGGUCCACGCUGCUCCCACGCGUGUGCGUAGCGCCAGCUGUCAAAGGGCAAGGCGAGCGGCCUUGGCCGGGUCUAG